UGUCUCUGUAUUACUACUAGCCGACUCAGAUUAAGUCUGAGGCCGGUAACAUCAACAGUGAGGACAAACCCAGCCUGCCUCUCUCCUUCCACACUGAGUAGAAACCUACAGUCACUGGGUCCUGAUUGUGACAGUGGAGCCCAGUUUGCACUGCAGGAUCCAGAGAUGGCAUCAGUGAAGCUGGAAGACUGCAGUCAAACACUGGAGCUGAAUGUCAACAUUAAAGAUGAAGAAGAGGAGGAGAAGAUUGGGAAAUCGGUUUCUCAUGGAGACCAUGUUGAGACAGUCUCUACCUCCAGAGAGCAACAGCAGGAAGAUCACAGAGCUAAGAGGUCUCACCACUGCCCACGUUGUAAGAAGAGUUUCUCAAUUCUAUCAAAGUUAAAAAUACACCUAAAAAUACACACAGGAGAGAAUCUGUAUUCCUGUACUGACUGUGGGAAGAAUUUCACAACAUUAAAAUUUCUGACAGUUCAUGAACGGAUACACACAGGAGAGAAGACCUACUCCUGCUCUAAUUGUGUAAAAUGCUUCACAUCGUCAACUAAGCUAAAAAUUCAUCAGAGAACACACGCAGGAGAGAAGCCUUACUUAUGCUCUGACUGUGGGGCUAGUUUCUCUCGACUGGGACACCUAAAAACACAUAAACGUAUACAUACAGGAGAGAAGCCUCACUCCUGCUCGGACUGUGGAAAGAGUUUCUCUCGACUGGGCAACUUAAAAACACAUGAACGUAUGCAUACAGGAGUAAAGCCUUACUCCUGCUCUGACUGUGGAAAGAGUUUCUCUCGACUGGGCCACCUAAAAACACAUGAACGUAUACAUACAGGAGAGAAGCCUUACUUCUGCUCUGACUGUUUAAAAUGCUUCGCAACAUCAACUGAGCUAAAAGUUCAUCAGAGAACACACACAGGAGAGAAGCCUUACUCCUGCUCUGAUUGUGUAAAAUGCUUCUCAACAUGCUCUGGGCUUGAAGGUCACCGGAGAACACACACAGGAGAGAAGCCUUACUCCUGCUCUAAUUGUGUAAAAAGUUUCACAUCAUCAACUAAGCUAAAAAUUCAUCAGAGAACACACACAGGAGAGAAGCCUUACUUAUGCUCUGACUGUGGGGCGAGUUUCUCUCGACUGGGCCACCUAAACACACAUGAGCGUAUACAUACAGGAGAGAAGCCUUACUCCUGCUCCGACUGUGGAAAGGGCUUCUCUCGACUGUGCAACUUAAAAACACAUGAACGUAUACAUACAGGAGAGAAGCCUUACUUAUGCUCUGACUGUGAAAAAUGUUUCACAACAUCAACUGAGCUUAAAGUUCAUCAGAGAACACACACAGGGGAGAAGCCUUACUCCUGCUCUGAUUGUGUAAAAUGCUUCACAACAUACUCUGGGCUAAUAGGUCAUCAGAGAACACACACAGGAGAGAAGCCUUACUCCUGCUCUGACUGUGUAUGCAUACGUUCAUGACUGGGAAAGGUUUCUCUACUGGGCCACCUAAAAACAUAAACGUAUGCAUACAGGAGAGAAGCCUUACACCUGCUCUGACUUUUAAAAAGUUUAUCUCGAAUGGGCCAGUUAAAAAUACAUCAAAUAUACAUCAAAUCAGAAGAGCCUCAUCAGUUCUCAAAGACCAGCUGAGAUUAAAGUCACUCCAUCACUUAAGUCUCGUAAAAGAAGUGAUAACAGUGAGCUGGUUCAAAUGAAGAAAGCGUAGAACAUUUGCAAUCCUAUUGUUUCUCAGUGUGAGAGAACUGUGCAGAGGAAAGGGAGCGUUCUUGAAUGUUAGCCUGUCUUUACUUUACUGAUCAGUGUGCACCUUGCCAGUUUGUGUGUUUUGUUAGCUUCUACUGUAAAGAUAUUGAGAUGACCUUGGAUUUGCCCUUAGGGUUGAAUAUCCUCUGUGAGGCGUCUCACAAUGGAGUGGUUGACUGGGUGGUACUGCUUCCCUGAGCUGGUAGACACAACCUACACUGAGUGUAUAAAACAUUAAGGACACCUGCUCUUUCCAUCACAUAGACUGACCAGCUGAACCCAGAUGAAAACUAUGAUCCUUAAUGAUCUAGUUGUUUUGUAUUUAUUAUGGAUCCCCAUUAGCUUUCAGCAAAAAACAAGAAACUGCGGUUGCAAUGGGCUAAGGAAUGAAAACACUGGAAAAUUUGAAAAAUAUUGCCUGGUCUGAUGAACCCUGGUUCCUGCUGUGUCAUGCUGAUGGGAGGACUAGGGUAUGGAGGAAACCAUGAGUACAUGUAUCCCUGCUGUGUGUCAACAUUGCAGGCUGGUGGUGAUGUGUUUUCAUGACACAUAUUGGACCCCUUGAAAGAAGUGGAGUAACAUUUGAAUGCCAUAGGAUAUCUAAACAUCAUUGCCAAUCAGGUGCAUCCCUUCAUGGCAGCAGUGUAUCCAUCUGCAAAUAGAUUUCUUCAGCAGGACUAUGCCACAAGGCUUGUCCAGGAUUGGUUCCAAGAACAUGACAGUGAAUUCAGUUUACUGCAGUGGCUUGACGAGUCACCAGAUCUCAAUCCAAUUGUUCAUCUGUGGGAGGAGAUGGAAGGAGCUAUUCAGAGUAGAGAUCCACUCCCAGCCACAUUGACACAAUUGUGGGAAGCAUUGGAGUCAACAUGGGCCAGAAUCCCUGUGGAUGCUCUCAACACCUUGGGAGUCCAUGCCCCAACGACUUGGGAAUGUUCUGAGGACAAAGGGGGCUGCAACUCAAUAUUAGGAAGGUGUUUCAACUGUUUUGUACGCUCCGUGUAUAUCAGAUAAAGAUGAUGUGAUGAUCAGCUUUCAGCAUUAGUUUGGGUGGAUUAUUUUAUAUUACUAAACAACUUUUGUUUAAUGAUAAACAGACUAUGAAUCGACUACUUGUGUUUAUUAAAUGUUAUUUUAAUAUUAGAUUCAAUAUUUUAGUCAUUGAUGAUGAAUGUAUUUGAAUAACUGUAUUGAAGUUAAUUGAUCUGGCAGGUAGCCUAGCGGUUAAGAGUGUUGGGCCAGUAACUGAAAGGUCGCUGGUUUGAAUCCCGAGCCGACUAGGUGAAUAAUCUGUCAUUGUGCCCUUGAGCAAGGCAAUUAACUCUUAUAGUUUCCUGUAAAUCGCUCUGGAUAAGAGCAUCUGCUAAAUGACAAGGAUGUUAUGAAAAAUGUUUGUACAUUCAUUUUAAAAAAUACCUUUAUUUAACUAGUCACGUCAACUAGAACAAAUUCUUAUUUUCAAUGACGACCUAGGAACAGUGGUUUAACUGCUUUGUUCAGGGGGAGAACAACAGAUUUUUACCUUGUCAGCUCGGGGAUUUCAUCUUACAACCUUUCGGUUACUAGUCCAACGCUCUAACCACUAGGCUACCUGCCUCCUCUACACUCUAACCACUAGGCUACCUGCCUCCUUUACACUCUAACCACUAGGCUACCCUGGCACCCCGAUGGGCAACCACUUUUUUAAAUCUUGUGUAUAAUUAAAUUAUAAUGAAAUGUUUGAAGUGACAUACUGUAUAUACAAUACACAACAUUACCACUUUGUUUACCCUGGCCAGAGGGACAGGACCAUAGUAAACUAGACUAUGUAGCUGCUGCUGUUAGUAGCCUACAGUUUCCAUGUAAUACAGCAUGUCAGAUCACUAAUGAUUAGGUGUAUAGACUGCUACAUUUAUGCAAGAGGUUUUGCUUGUGUCUGUCGGGAGAGAUGUAUUAUCAGCUUGUUAAAUAACUACCGGAGGAAAGUGGAGAGGCGUCUUGAGCUUUGUGCCCGGCCCGCCUUACAUGGUCAAGAGACGCAGAGAACCUGCAGCAGCACCCUGAUGUGAAGAACAGCCCUUACAAAAAUGUAGGAUUGUAGUACAAUUAAAAAAUAUAUAGCAUGGUAUUUUCGUGGAAUGGUAGUGACCAAAUGUAUGUUUUCCAUUGUACUGGGCCUAGAAACAUAGAAGAAACUGCCAGAUGUGUCAUAAUAGCCUGGAAGUAAAGCUGCACUGGGAGACACAUUUGAAAUGGAAUACAUUGAAUACAUUCAGCAGGGUGAAACAAUCACAGUAAAACAUGAUUUAAAUGUAUUGUUGGAAGGGCUGUGGUCACCAGUCAUGUAAUACAUUAAAUAUAUACAUCAGAUGGUAUUGGGGAACUAUUUCAUAGGGUUUUCAUGGGUACAUUAUUCACCCAUUUCAAUCUUAUACCAACCAAACAUAUGCUUGGUGUGACUGUUAUGGCCAGAACAGACCAUCUGAUAUGCCCUUAAAUAUUGUAAUAUGCAACCUGGAAUUAAAAUGUAAGAGGACCAGUGCUUCUACAGUGAAUCACAUCUGUGCUGUUUGAGAGAGAUGUAACAAAUUAAAACGUAUCAACGUCUGAUUUAUAUUUACAACGACAGGGGGUGCACCGUUCCUGGAGGUACUGCAAUACCAGGUCGAUGCGUGGAGUGGACGGAGCAAGCCCCUAUUCCAUCUCCCUGUUCCAAAAAUCUAUUUAAUAUAUGGUCCCCAGAUAGGGGACGUGUCAGAUAUUAAACUGAUGAGAACAGAUUUAAAAUAUAUCAUUUUUAUUUUCAUUUCUCUAUGGAUGUCCCCCCCCCCCCCUAAAGGAAAUUAAACAGUACCCGUAUGAAUGUUUUUCAUACACAAGGGAAGGGAAUGGGAAGCCCAAGGGCAAGGUGAAGUAUUUGGUAUUUAUUCACAUAUGUAGUCAGUUUAUCUACUGUUUAUUAUUUCUCCAGUGGAUGUAAAUGCUGGUGUUAUAUGUAGAGGAGAACGCAAUCAUUUGGAAAGGUGGAAUUAUUGAAUAUUAUGUUAAUACUAAUAACAAUUUACCACUCUCAAAAGGAACAAUGUAUUUUUACCUCUAGAUUUGAUAUUUUAUUUUGAAUUCGUUUUUUUCUAGCCAUUUACCAAAACAUGUGUUGAUAAUUUAUUUGAAAUAAUGAUUGUGAUUGUGCAUUUAAUAUAUAUAUUUUUUAAUCUUUAUUUAACCAGGCAAGUCAGUUAAGAACAAAUUCUUAUUUUCAAUGACGGUCUAGGAACAGUGGGUUAACUGCCUGUUCAGGGGCAGAACGACAGAUUUGUACCUUGUCAGCUCUAACCACUAGGCUACCCUGCCUAUAUAUAUUCAAUGUUAUCUUAUAAGGAAGGGUUGAAUUUGGACUUUUCAGUAGUCAUUAGAAGUUCGAAACAGGAAUGUUUAUUUAGGGUUUGAACUAACGGGUUGCCUCCCACAAUGUAGACAAUGGCUGUUGCGAUUGAACCACAUGAUUAAAGAUGCUGUCUUUGUCUCAGCUUAGACUUCCCUUAGAGUGUACGUCAGAGGUUCAAACUGUAGAACCCAGUUCCUACAUUUUAAAAUAUAUAUUUUUUGAAUCAAUCAAACCUAUGCUACAUUUGUAUCUCUGAGGCCAUCAGGAUGACGAAUCAGAGCAACAUUACUGAAUGUAAGUACAUUAUUUACCUUCAGAGGGGAAUGUAUUAAACCAGUUGCCGAGAUAAGUGUUUUGUUGUUGUGCACUCUACUCAUCAAUAGCAUGGUAUUGUUUCUCUGUAAUGGCUACUGUAAAUUGGACACUGUAGUUAGAUUAACAAGAAUGAACAAGAAUAUAAAUAAAGACAUGUCUGUCCCGGAAAGUUG